AUGGCGAGCUCUGAGUCUCUCUUGCCGGUCACUUCCCAACAAGAUCCAUUAUCCGAUUCAGGAUCCGACUCGAUCCCGGAGACCCGACGGAGAAGACCCAACACAGUCUAUCUUGCUAUCUUUUCAGGUUUUCUGCUGAUCUCUUUGUACGUCACGGUCAUCGUCACACACAGCGGAUCCGCACGCAAUAGUGACGCCAACCAUGAAACAUCGGCGGUGUCACGUGCUCGUUUGGCCGGCGUGUCGGAGAAGAACAACGAACGGAUUUCGGGACUUUCCGAUGAUCGGAAAACAGAAGCGUUUGCGUGGAACAAUACUAUGUUGUCGUGGCAACGAACGGCGUUUCAUUUCCAGCCUGAGAAAAACUGGAUGAACGAUCCUAAUGGUCCAUUGUACUACAAGGGAUGGUACCAUUUCUUCUAUCAAUACAACCCAAAUGCAGCCGUGUGGGGUGACAUUGUUUGGGGUCACGCCGUGUCAAAGGACCUCAUUCAUUGGCUUUACCUCCCGUUGGCCAUGGUUCCUGACCAGUGGUACGACGCUAACGGCGUUUGGACCGGUUCGGCCACUUUCCUCGAUGAUGGUUCUAUUGUCAUGCUCUACACCGGCUCCACCGACAAAUUCGUUCAGGUUCAAAAUCUUGCCUAUCCUGAAGACCCCAAAGAUCCACUUUUGUUGAAAUGGACCAAAUACUCCGGCAACCCGGUUCUUGUACCGCCGCCAGGUAUCGGUGCUAAGGACUUCCGUGACCCAACAACGGCGUGGAAGACAUCAGCCGGUAAAUGGAGGAUCACGAUUGGCUCCAAAAUCAAUAGAACUGGAAUAUCAAUCGUUUAUGACACUACCGAUUUCAAGACCUACGAGCAACUCGAUACCUUGUUGCACCAAGUCCCAAACACCGGAAUGUGGGAGUGCAUUGACUUUUACCCGGUGUCGAAGACUAAAGCUAAUGGUCUUGACACAUCGGUCAAUGGACCGGAUGUGAAGCAUGUGAUCAAGGCUAGCAUGGACGAUACUAGAAUCGAUCAUUACGCCAUUGGGACGUACAGUGAUUCUAAAGGAACAUGGGUCCCUGAUAAUCCUAAAAUCGAUGUGGGGAUUAGUACCGGUUUGAGGUACGAUUACGGUAAAUUUUAUGCAUCGAAGACGUUUUAUGAUCAACACAAGAAACGAAGAAUCUUAUGGGGUUGGAUCGGAGAAUCUGACAGCGAAUCAUCUGACGUACAAAAGGGUUGGUCUUCUGUUCAGGGCAUCCCAAGAACUGUUGUCUUGGACACGAAGACGGGGAAGAACUUGGUUCAAUGGCCAGUUAAGGAAACUGAAUCUCUAAGAUUAACCAGCAAGAAGUUCCACAUGAAGGUUGGACCAGGGACGGUGGUUCCGGUCGAGGUGGGUCCCGCCGCUCAGCUAGACAUAGAGGCUGAGUUCAAGAUCAAGAAAGACGAUCUCGAAGUAAUCUUUGGAGAGGACUCCUUGGAGGCCGACGAAGAAUUCAGCUGCGAAACAAGCAAAGGCUCCACCGUGCGUGGGGCUUUAGGGCCUUUUGGAUUCUCAGUUCUUGCUGACCAAAGCUUGUCGGAGCAAACUCCGGUUUACUUUUAUGUGACCAAGGGAAAGGAUUCAAAACUCAAAACAUUCUUCUGCACUGACACCUCAAGGUCGACCAAAGCAAACGAUGUGGUGAAACCGGUAUACGGAAGUUUCGUACCGGUCCUGAAAGGAGAAAAAUUGACCAUGAGAAUCUUGGUGGAUCAUUCGAUAGUAGAAGGAUUUGGACAAGGUGGAAGAACAUGCAUUACCUCAAGGGUAUAUCCGACAAAAGCCAUCUAUGGAGCUACAAAGCUUUUCUUGUUCAAUAACGCCAUUGAUGCGACCAUUACAGCGUCGUUUAGGGUGUGGCAAAUGAACAAUGCUUUUAUUCGUCCUUACUCUGCAGACGACAGCACCUGA